AUGGACUCGUCUAGCCUAUUCAACAUCAAGGGCAAGAAUGUCCUCGUCACUGGAGGCGCCAAAGGUAUCGGCCGGAUGAUUACACAAGGCUACGCCGAGUCUGGCGCCAACGUCUUCAUCACCGGUCGCGACGCCAAAGCAUGCGACUCCGUCGUCGCCGAGCUCCAGCCCGUCGCCGCCAAAGCCGGCGGCUCCAUCUUUGCCAUCCCUGCCAACCUGCAAUCCUACCAAGAAUGCGAGCGCCUCGUCGCCGAGCUCGCCACCGCGAUUGACCGCGCCGCCGGACGCGCCAAGGGCCUGCACGUGCUCGUCAACAAUGCCGGCGCCGUCUGGGGCGCCGACAUUGACAGCUACCCGGACCACGCGUGGGACAAGGUGCUGACGCUCGACCUGCAGCGCGUCUUUACGCUCUCGCAAAAGGCGCUGCCGCUGCUCGAGCAGGCCGCCACCGCCGACGACCCGGCGCGCCUCAUCCACAUUGGCUCCAUUGACGGCAUCCGCACCCCCGCGACGGCCAACUUUGCCUACUCGGCGGCCAAGGCCGGCCUGCACCAGCUCUCGCGGCACCUGGCGCGGGAUCUCGGCCCGCGGUUCGUCACGAGCAACGUGAUUGCGUGCGGACCGUUCCCGAGCCACAUGAUGAAGGCGACGCUCGAGGCCGCGGGCGACUACAUCAAGAGCGAGGUGCCGCUGCGGCGGGUAGGCAAGCCCGAGGACGCGGCGGGGGCGUGCAUUUACCUGUCGAGCAAGGCUGGUGCCUUUUGCAACGGCGCAACGAUUCGUGUCGACGGUGGCGCAUCGCAGGUGGCCAAAAUCUAA